AUGCCAAGUAGGAAGUUUGCUGAAGGUGAAGUGGUCAGAGGUCGGUGGCCUGGGAGCUCCCUUUAUUAUGAAGUAGAAAUUCUCAGCUAUGACAACAAGUCCCAGCUGUACACUGUAAAAUACAAAGAUGGAACUGAACUGGAGCUGAAGGAGAGCGAUGUCAAGCCUUUAAAAUCCUUUAAGCAAAGGAAAGGUGGCUCAACUUCCAGCUCUCCUUCAAGACGCCGCAGCAGUCGCUCAAGGUCACGCUCCCGAUCCCCUGGCAGAGCACCAAAAGGUUCCAGAAGAUCUGCCUCUGCUUCCCACCAGGCUGACAUUAAGGAAAAGGAAACACGGAGGGAAAUUUUGCAAGUUAAAUUGACUCCGCUUGUAUUGAAGCCAUUUGGAAACAGCAUCAAUGUAUACAACGGGGAGCCUGAACACACAGAGAAGAAUGACAUAUCUCGUAAAAACAAGCAGGAAAAAGUCAUUUUGUCACCAGAAGGCAGUUUCAUAGCUACACAGUACAGCCUUCGUCCAAGAAGAGAAGAGGUCACGGUUAAAGAAAUAGAGUCCAAGGAACAAAAGCGUCUUCCCAAAGUACCUGCACCUUUGGAAACCUUUCAAGUGACCACUCCGCAGAGGAAGAGCUUGGAGUUUGGAGGAGUACCUGGUGCAUCGCUCAUCAUGCUCGGCCUGCCUGCCUGCCUCUUCCUGCUGCUGUUGCAGUGCAGGCAGAAGGACCCCAGCCUGCUGAGUUUCCCUCCUCCUCUGCCAGCUUUGGGUGAACUGUGGGAAGCCAGAGUGUGUGGCAUCUACCUCCUCUGGUUUUUCAUUCAAGCUCUCUUUUACCUUCUGCCAAUUGGGAAGGUUGUAGAAGGAACACCUCUUGUUGAUGGAAGAAGACUCAAGUACAGACUAAAUGGAUUCAACGCUUUUGUCCUGACAUCUGCCAUCGUGGGAACAUCUCUCUUCUGGGGCAUAGAGCUGUGUUAUGUGUAUACUCACUUCCUUCAGUUCGCACUUGCAGCCACUGUGUUUUCAGUGGUCUUGAGUGUUUAUCUCUAUGCUCGAUCUUUGAAGGCCCCUAGGGAUGAGCUGUCACCUGCCAGUUCUGGAAAUGCUGUCUACGAUUUCUUCAUUGGCCGUGAGUUAAACCCUCGAAUUGGUGUUUUUGACCUCAAAUACUUUUGUGAAUUGCGUCCUGGAUUGAUUGGAUGGGUGGUUGUUAACUUGGUGAUGCUUUUGGCUGAAAUGAAAGUACAGGAACGUGGUACCCCAUCUUUGGCAAUGGUCUUGGUUAACAGUUUCCAGCUCUUGUAUGUGGUGGAUGCCCUCUGGAAUGAGGAAGCGCUGCUGACCACCAUGGACAUCAUCCACGAUGGCUUUGGCUUCAUGCUGGCCUUUGGGGACUUGGUGUGGGUCCCAUUCACCUACAGCCUUCAGGCCUUCUACCUGGUCAGCCAUCCCCAUGACUUGUCCUGGCCCUUGGCUUCUGUCAUCAUUGCUCUGAAACUUUGUGGCUAUGUAAUCUUUCGUUGUGCAAACUCACAGAAAAAUGCAUUCCGGAAGAAUCCCACUGAUCCAAAGCUUGCACAUUUAAAGACCAUUCAUACGUCCACGGGUAAGAGUCUGCUUGUCUCUGGAUGGUGGGGCUUUGUUCGCCAUCCCAAUUACUUGGGUGACCUCAUCAUGGCGCUGGCAUGGUCCCUCCCAUGUGGCUUUAACCACCUCCUGCCUUACUUCUAUGUCAUCUACUUCACUGCGUUGCUUGUCCACCGCGAAGCCCGUGAUGAGCACCAGUGCAAGAGGAAAUACGGCCUGGCCUGGGAGAAGUACUGCCAACGAGUGCCCUACCGCAUACUCCCCUAUGUUUACUGACCCCACAGGUCAGAUGACUCACAAAAACAAGAAGUCCAGACGAACUAAUUGUUGAUGCACUGACAAGAGCUCUUAAGUUUGUUCUUUGAGUCAGGACCAUAGAGCCAAAUAGUGAACCUUUUAAUGUAGUUGUAUAGCAGUUAAUGUAAGCGGAAAUACAAAGGUGGUAGAAUUUGCUUGUUAAUAGGAAAGUUUUAAUCCCUAAAAAUCUGAAGUCUCAUUUUCAAUUUUUUUGCCAUUUGGUUUUUCAUAAGUGAAAACCCUUAAAGCACAUCUAUGCUUCAUAGUACUUAAAGAGACAUAAUGAAAAUUCUGUCUCUAAAUAUAUGUCCACAAACCCCAGCCCAGUAUUGGUGGUAUAUGUGAAGAGUAAGCAGAUCCUUAAGCAGGGCCUGCUUAAGGGUGACCAUUUAGAGCAGUGGCUUGACCUCAGCCUUUAAAAGUGCAUUUGGAAAUGUAAAUACAUAGCUUACUUUUAUGUAAUAUAUGGUGACUUGUGAUUUUUCUGUACAGUUUGUCAAUGUGAGAUAAUUGUCAGGAACUAAGUAGUUUUUUUUUUUUGACAAAAACAUUUUCAGUGUUUUAAAUUAAGUGUGUGUAAAGUAAUGUGAAUUUAAAAGUGUAAAGCAAUUAGAAUUCAUUUAAAGUUAAAACAUAGGAAAGUUAUUUUUCUUUAUCCAAAGUUUGUGAAUUUGGCUUUGCUACCUCAAUUUGCAGGUGUGUUUGCCUUUAUAAACUGUUGCAAAUAGAAAAAAAAAGUAUAUUUUUGGAGUAACAGCACUAUUUAAACAUUUUUACAUACAUUGGUAUUAGAAAAAUUGCCAUUUCAGGCUACUAUUUUUAUAUAUUUUUUGACUUAAAAUUCAACAGUGUUUUUGCUACUGUUAAGGUCAUACAGUUUAUACUAUUUUGUAUCAUUUAUGUCUUCAGAACUCCCUAAAAAGGAGUUCUACCUGAAACAACUUUAAGGAGCUAGUUGAAACUUUGUUUUUUGUCUCAGUUUAAUAGAUGUAAUAAGCUGGUUGUAGCCAUUCAAUUCUAGUGAGGUUGAUUAGUUUCAUAGUAACUGUCCUGGAGCAGGACAGGUGGCAAAUUCUCUAGACUUUUAUAUUCAAAGCUAUACAUGGUCCUCAGCAUCUUAAACACAAAGAUGUAAUUAUAGUGUGUACAUUUGGGUUUCGAUUACACAUAUAUGAGCCAGAUGCAAAUGUUCAUUCUGCUCUGCAGCUUAGAGUGUAUGUAAAGUAGCUUAUAUUAAUGUGAUCAUGAAGUUGACACUCUCCAUUCUGUAAUUUUUAGACUCUGUUUUUAUGAAAUUGUCAUUGUUUUACAGAACUAAGGUCUUCAAGCAGGUGUUUUUCUAUUUUGCUUUUCUCCUGGUAUCAGAAAGUGGUAUUGGCAUGUAUGUGCUGGACUUAACAAGGGAAUUUUGGGUAAGAUGAAAGAUGUUGGGUUCUCUGCCCGCUAGUGAGAAGAGUCUGAGAUAGGAUAAUGCGCCAGUGUCUGGGUGUCAGGUCCAAGUUGUUUUUAAAUUGAUGUUUAGCAAGCUUUGUAGUAAAAUUUUAGUUGAAAAUAAAGAGUUGCUUUGAUCACUUUA